CCAGGAGUUGGUUAUCAGGUUGUCCUUUCCUCCACAGGUCCUCUAUCUUUUUCCUGCUCUUGGCCUGGCUCUCCUUGGAGCUGGAAGAGAGAAGGACCCAGUCAUAGCCUGGAAGAAGCUCCGUGCCUUCAGAGGUCUUUCUGCCUGACUGUUCCUAUGGCUCUCCUCAUCCUGCUGUUCCUGCUGCCAAGCCCCUCACAUUCCCAUCCCACUUGUGAUGUCUCCAAAGUGACCAGCCUGCUGGAAGUGAACUGUGAGAACCAGGGGCUGACCGCAUUGCCCGCAGACCUGCCAGCAGACACAGGCAUCCUCCACAUGGGCAAGAACAAACUGGGUGCCUUCUCCACAGCAUCCCUGGCACAUUUCACUCACCUCACUCAGCUGGACCUGGAUGAAUGUGAGCUGACCAGCCUGCAGACUGAUGAGAAACUGUCGAAGCUGGAUAACCUGAAAUUAUCCCACAAUAAUCUGCAAAGUCUGCCCUCCCUAGGACGGGCUCUGCCUGCACUCACUAUCCUUGACAUCUCCUUCAACCAGUUGGAAUCGCUGUCUCCUGGUGUCCUGGAAGGUCUAAGCCAACUCCAGGAGCUCUACCUGCAGAACAAUAAUCUGAGGAGUCUGUCCCCUGGACUCUUCAUGUUCACCACCAAGCUGAACAAACUCAAUCUGGCCAACAACAAAAUGUGUGAGCUACCCACUGGGCUCCUAGAUGGGCUGGAAGAUCUUGACACCCUCUACCUUCAAGGGAACCGGCUUCAUACAAUCCCAAAGGGCUUCUUUGGGACCCUCCUCUUGCCUUUUGUUUUUCUCCAUGGCAACACCUGGUAUUGUGAUUGUGAUAUCCUCUAUUUCCGCAACUGGCUCCAGCAAAAUUCCAACAAUGUCUACUUACAGAAGGAGGGUGAGAAUGUCACUGCCUUGACCCCUAAUGUGGCCAGUGUACGAUGUGUCAAUUUGGGCUCCACACCUGUCUACUCCUACCCAGGGAAGGGCUGCCCUGUCAGUGAGGAUAGGGAUAUAGACUCUGAUGACUAUGAUAAUUUCUCUGAUGUACCUGCUACAAGGGCUGAGGUCAAGUUCUCUACCAACACCAAAGCCCAUACUACCCACAGGGGCCUACUCUUAGAGUUUCCUACUUCUCCAGACAGCCAAAUGCCUUCUUGGCCUCCAAACCACAAACCCACUAACAAACAGGACACAUCCACACACAUAUAGAUCCCAGGUACAAACAGUACACAUCCACACACAUAUAGAUCCCAGGUACAAACAGUACACAUCCACACACAUAUAGAUCCCAGGAUUCACCACACUCCCACAGAGCAUGAAAUCCAAUGUAUACUCUUAUAGUUCUAAAACCCAAAACUAUGCCCAUCAUCACCCCAGUCACCCUAGAGCCUCCCUCUACCCUGACUAGCUCAGAGCCCAGCACCACACC